CAUAAACAUCUUAAACCGACCAGGUAUUGUCGUAUUGACAUUUACUCUUUAUUUUGUCAUUGAUAACAUUCAAGUUUAAAACUUGUAAACGGAGUUUUUAGUGAACAGUUUAUGUGAUGUAUUAGGUUAAUUAUGUUCUUGUUUUAAGCGGAUAUUUAAAAACACUAUAUCAAUAUCUUAACCAAGCGGCUAUAUAUAUAAAUACAUUAUUAAUUUAAUACACCUGUAAAAACGGAUAUAUAAUAGAACAGUCCAGAAUAUGUCGAUGUCAUAGUUGGUAAACUUUUCAAUGAGUCAGGACAAAACUUUGGAAUAACCUUUGUUUGUGUAAAUUAAUUGUAUAUACAAAAACAAUGAUAUUUCGGAGGAUAUGGUGUGACGUAGGGGACUUAAUUUAUGGUUGUACUUUGUUGCUGGUGCUAGCGACAGCCAAUUCUAUUCGUGAGUAUGACAAUCCCUGCAAUGAAACUCUAUACAUUGGCGGGUCUUCAUAUACUCAAGCGGGAGUAAUAAAGUUUGGGUUUGACCCGACUUUUCUCAAUAAAAGCUAUAGCUGCAAGGUCACCAUUGAGACGGGUAUCGGCCGCAAGAUCCGGUACAAAUUUCUAAAUGUGAGGUUGGAUGGCGAAAUAGAAUGUGCGAACUUUAUAUCGCUACAAUCUCUCCGUGAAAACGGCGAAAGUGCCUCUUUUGUUAAGUACUGUGACGCCAAUGAAAUUGUUCAGGAUCUUUACACUGAUUCAACAACAACUGAGAUACAAAUAUUUGUCAAUUUGUCAAGUCCUUCCCAUCAGACACAUUUCAAUUUUGAUUUCUACAGUAUUCAGUAUGGUAGGUGCAAUCCUGACGAAAUUUUAUGCAAUGCUUGCAUACACCAGUCUCUUGCCUGUGGUCCAGACAGAAACAAAUAUUGCACAGACUUUGAGCCAUGCAGUGAUAUCACAUCAUCGCAUAAUGGCAGCGUCAUUGUUGGGGCCGUCAUAUCGAGCCUCAUCAUAAUAUUUCUCGUGGUAAUAACAUGCGUCUUCUGUUGGCGACGAAAUAACAUUGAGUGUGUGUGUGGAAAACAGUGUUGUAGAACUAGAUCUUCCACAUCUAAUACGACUUCCCAAAGAGCUAUGUCCAUCUUCGCCCUCCAACUUGCCACCAGAGGAGUUGACGGCAGAGACAAUCGGGCGUACACCGAGGAUGGUGAACCAAUUGAUAUGUCCUUAGCAGAACCUCCACCAGAAUAUAGUUCCCUAGAAAAUAUUGAAAGGGUUGGAGAAACUAGUGAAACAAACGAUGUUACAAGUGCUGACUUACCUCCGACAUAUGAAGAAGCCAUAAGAAACAGAGACCAUUAUAAGAUUGAAAGCGAUGAUGUGACUGUGAUUUGAUUGAAAUCCUUAAUUGUAUUGUUGUGAAUUUUUAUUGUUGUGAAUUUUUAUUUAAGUGUUUCCGUUAAGACAGAUUUUAUAUUUACAUCAAUUUACUUCAAAGAAUUCCAAUAAUAUUUUGUCAUGUUUUCUUAUUCAACUAGUGGCAUUUUUGAUAGAGCUGGCCUCUGUCUGAAAUAAUUCCUUACAUUUUCUGUACAUGUAUAUUUCAUUAUUGUUGUUAAUGUUUUUUAAUCACUUUGUGCUUUAUUCGUUAUGGGUUUUGUUAUUUCUAAAUAUACCAAAAAAUGUACUUAUGUCGCAAAAUCAAUUACAUGUCUAUUUGAUCCUAAUUGGACAUAAAAUCACUAUAUUU